AUGGGGCGCUGCGGCGUCCGUGCGUUCCAUCCGCCGCGUCCGAACGUUCCAUCCGCCGCAGCCGUCGCCAUGACCGCGCACAGCUUCGCGCUGCCGCUCAUCCUCUUCUCGGCCUUCUGGGGCCUGGUGGGCGUCGCGGCGCCCUGGCUCGUGCCCAAGGGCCCCAACCGCGGGGUCGCCAUCACCAUGCUGGUCACCACGGCCGUCUGCUGCUACCUCUUCUGGCUCGUCGCCAUCCUGGCGCAGGCCAACCCCCUGUUCGGGCCGCAGCUGAAGAACGAGACCAUCUGGUACGUGCGGUUCCUGUGGGAGUGACGGGGCGGCGAGGAGCCCACCCUCCCUCCUGCUCCCUGACCCCCGGACGCUGCCCCGAUCCUGCGCCCACCGGGACCUGGGCCCCCGGCCGGCCCGGCCGCACCAGCACCUGACGCUGCAGCCAGGGCAGGGGAAGAAAGGUCCGCGUGUCUGGUGACAGCUCGGCCCAGGCCCGCGUGGGGUGGGACCCCUGAGCUGGCCCUGGGGGCUGGGUCCCCUUGGCGGGGUGGAGCUCAGAGCGCCUGCCGCGGAGCCCAGCCCGGCAGGGGCCCCGCCUGCUCCCUCUCCCCUUCCAAGCAGCUUGUUAGCUCUGCCAUUCCCCUGGGCCUGGCUGGUGCCAAGGACUUACCCCCCUGGCCCAGUCCUCCCCUGCAUCACCCUCACAGCAGGGACCUGUGAUCAUGUCCAGCCUCCAAGUUCCAGUUGCACAAAGUCCCCCCUGAGCCAGGCCCGCUGCAGCUCUGGGGCCCUGUGCCGUGUGGGGGAGAACCAGGCCCCCGCCCCAGGGCUGCUCCUGGCUGGGGGGGGCACCUGUCCCCUGUGCCUGCCAGGGGCAGCCCUUUCCUGGGAGUCCCCCUGUCCCAGGACUGUGCCCGCCAGGGCCAGAAGGGACCCCCAUCCCCGUUCCAGGCUGCCCCGUGGUGGGAGUGGAGCCAUGGCCCCAUGCUCCGAGGGCUCUGCCCACCCAGCUCCUGCCCCUUUGGCUGCAUCCUGCCUUGGCAGCAAAACCGAGCGUCCCAAGCAGCGUUCUGUGACUCCCCCCCUCCUCUCUCCUAUUUAGCUUGCCCUUUAUUUAUUUAUUUAUUCGUCCAUGUUUGGUGGUCGUUUGUGCCGUGACAAUAAAGGUCUUUUCUAGGGAGCAA